AUGCCGGACAAGACAAAGACAGAGUCCGAAGCACCAAUGGUCUCUCACGGCCGAGGAGGCCAAGGAAACAUCGGCCACGACGCAACCGAAUACGUCGAUGGCGAGAUCGUCCGCGAAGGCCCCUACGGCGACCAAGGUGAUGGCGCUUACUCCGCCGGCGUGAGUACCUCUACCACUCCCACCAAACCCAAGCCCAAGUCUCCCCACAACUGCAAACCUGAUGCAACCCCAACUGAUGCAUCUGUCCAGCGAGGCGGCGCGGGGAAUAUCGGCUCCCCAAUGGUCCGGCCCUCGUCCCGUGUUCCCCAUGAUACAGAUAUGAUCCCCGAGCUUGCGGUGCGCGACUCGACAGAUGAAACAUACCAUACCGGGCGUGGUGGACAGGGGAAUGUUCAUCUUGAUGAGGCUGCGCUCAAGGAGAAAGAGGAGAAGGAGAAGAAGAAGAAGGUUGCGCAUGAGGGGUUGGCGGAUAAGUUGAAGUAUAAGUUGCUGGGGCGGAAGUAG